GGCAGGGCGGCGCGGAUGACGUCAUCAAAGCGCGACGCACGCACGGCGAGCGGGCGAAGGCGUCGUCGGGCCGCUGAUAUAUUACGCCGACUACGCCCCGCUCGCUCGCUCUGUGACGAGAGGCUCGCGGGAAGAGGGCGCGGCCGACGCCGGUUCUCUCGGGUCGCCGUCAUGACGGGGCGUAAGUUUCCCAAGGAGAAGAAGCGGCACCGCUCCCGCCUAGGCUGCCUGGACGAAGAAGGCGGAGGCAAAGGCGGAGGCAGCGAGAGGAAACGCCGGAGCAUCGAGCCGCUUCAAGGCCUGGCCGAGGAAACAAAAUGUACUACACAAAUUCCAGAAAAUGAGGAUGUGGAAGAAGAAUCCAGUGACCUAGAAGAAGGUGGAUUAGAUCUCAGCGUGCAAUUGAAGCCAGUUAGUUUCUACAUCACAGAUAAGAAGGAAAUGCUACACCAGUGCUUUUGUAUCAUAGGAGAGAAGAAAGUGCAGAAAAUGCUGCCUGAUGUCUUAAAGGGCUGUUCAAUAGAAGAAAUCAAAAGGCUUUGUCUUGAACAGUUGGAGCUCCUGUCUGAGAAGAAGUUAUUGAGAAUUCUUGAAGGUGAGAAUGAAAAUGACUCCGACAGUGAUGAAGAGGCUAAUGGUGGGGAAGAGAAGACAGCAGUUGAAUCUAUCAGCCAGCAAGACAAUAGUAUAGAUUCUACUUCUUCUUUGAAGGAAGACAACAAACUGGACGCUUUGGACUCAAAGCAAGGCAAAGGAGAAGACAGCGAUGUUCUCAGCAUCAACGCAGAUGCGUACGACAGUGACAUUGAAGGCCCAUGCAAUGAGGAAGAUAAUUCAGAUGGGCUGGAAAGGACUGUCAGAAGUGGAGAUGGUCCAAUAGACGACCUCCAGAAGGACAUUGAGAAAAGCGUGAACGAGAUCCUGGGGCUUGCAGAAUCCUCCCCAAAGGAGCCAAAGGCAGCAACUUUGGCGGUUCCUCCAACAGAUGAUGUCCAGCCAUCAGCACAGCAGCUGGAACUCCUGGAGCUUGAGAUGCGAGCCAGGGCUAUUAAGGCUCUCAUGAAAGCCGGAGAUGUAAAAAAAUAGCCCCAGGGCUGUUUCAUUUGCAAGAUGUCUGCAUUUGUUCUGAUGGGUGUGAUGUCGGCUCCCUUCAGUGCUAAAAUAUAUUUGAACCGGUUUUGACAUUCCUCAUUCAAGCCCUUUGUGUAUCCUGACCCAUGGCUGAAGAAGUUGGCAGCAGUUUGUCACUGCCAUCAGAACUGUGUGACUCUUGCACAAGUGGAGAGGCUUGACGCUGUUCGACUCAACUGGCCAUUUUCUCUUUUUGUGUUGGAUUUCCACCCUUCCCUCCCACCGCCCUCAACACAAAUUGGGAAAUGGUUGUAGAUGAUAUGCAUCUCUUGCUAAAUCCCGGUGCUUUGCAGAAUAAUUGGGGAACAAUGUAAGGCCUUCUCAGGGCUUACUUCAGCAUUCUGGGGAGAUUCAGUUGGGGAAAAGAAACAGACCACCGCUCCUUAGAGAUGGAGGCCUAUCGGACAUGUAUAUUGAGAAAUCCUUUGCACCAGCAGUUGAGACCCAGAUUGCUUGUUUUCGUUGGGUUCAGUUUAUGAGCAAAAUAUUGUAUGCCCUAUGCCAAGGGAACCAAGAUGGUAGUGCAGUCUGUGGAGCCCUUAAUGGGUCUUGGCAGCUUCUGGUGCCAGCCCAUGAGCAUUCAUAAUCUGUGUAGUUUGAAACAUAAUACAGUUACUGUCUCCCUUAAUUUUUAGUGAGUUUAAGUAAUGAUGUGGGUGCAUCCUAAAACACACUCUUUAAAACGAAUUUCUGGUGCUUGACUGUAGUUAUGUGUGUAGCGUCCAGCUUUCCAGGACAUGUUACAAAUUCCUUUUCAAUCCCUUAAGUGCAUUGUCAAUGUUAAGUUAUAGACUUAAUAUGGUUAAAUGUAAUUUGUAAACUCAGCCUAGGAAGACCCUUUCCUAGGACUAGAUAGGACGUUUUGACAAUGCAAAAGUAGAUAUUUAUAUGCAGUUGGGGUAGUUGUUACACGUGUCUAUCCUGUACGUUAUGAAGCAAAGCGACUAAGACUUAAAAUGUUGGUGUCCUGAGGUUUUGUUUUGAAGUAAGUCUGUACUGAUUGCAGGGGAAAAAAGACAUUUAAAAAUUUAUGACUCCUUAUUCAGGGUGCAAGGCACGCCAAUACCUGCUGCUUUGAAAACGGCCAAAAAGUGUGGGAGAUCAACAUGUAUUAAUAAAUGCAUUUGACUAUACAUUUCAGUGCAUGCUCAGGUUGAUUAAUUAAAAAAAUAAUAAUGGGUGGAAGUACCAGCAGGUUGCAUGGUGUGGCAUAGCAGAGGCUGGCUGGCUAGUGAUUGCUGGUUGAACAAUAAAUACUCAUUUUAAAUUGCAUUCUUUUGUUCUCCUGCCUCCUUAAGCUUGAAUGUUUGGGUUGGAAAAAGGAAAAGCUUGCUAAGCCUAGCAUUGAACUGAGUGAAAAAUGUGGACCAUCAGUUUCGUGCAUUAAAGACUGGAAGGAAACAGAGUUGGCUUGAAUGAGGAAAAUGGGGAUUUUUCAUCUCCUUGGUUGGGGCGCAGAAGGGAAAGUUAAAUGAGGGAGGAAAUUUGGGGGGUAAGGAACUGAUCCGGAAACGGUGCAGGGAAACUUAGAAGAAAAGUUAAUGGAGUUAAAUGCCUUUGAGUUUUGGUAUAAUCAAGGAAGAGUUAACACUUUGUUUUAUUUUGUAGAUGGUUGUUGACACCACUUGGGGGGGGGAUGAACAAGGAAGGCAUCUAAGCUUUUUCUUGUGAUAGAUACCAUCUCUGUCUUACUAAGCUCAUACAUUUCAAAUUUUUCACAUGCAAUUGGAGUCAUUGUCAAAACUAUCUCUUCAGCUGUGAUUUAACAGAAAUCUCAGCUGUCAGUACUAGAGUGGUAAAGUGUUGGGUUUAUUUCUGAGUGUAGAAGCUUCACUGACCAUUGUGAAUUCUUGAAGCAAUAGUCUAGAAAAAUAAAGUAUCUAAAAUAUC